UUUUGCCUCCGCCAAGUAUUUCACUGUUGGUCCUAACAGUAGUAACAGUGUUUCGAUCUUCCGUGUUGUAAGCCGUUCGAAGCGUUCUUCUUUGGCGAUUUGUGGCGGGCGGUAGUCAAAUCGUUCCGUUUCCUAAACCCAAUCACUUUCCGAUAUCUAAAACAAACUCACUCGGGUUUGGAGGAAAUCAGUUGAGAAUCGAACCGGUGUAGUGAUUCAAAGUGCAAUUUAAAGCAGUGUGCAACGUGAGUAGCCGACUCAACCAGAGCAUCCAGUAACGGGGAGAUCUUCGGCUCGGUACGAAGGAAACGCUACGCUUGAGCUUGGAUUUCAACGGCGCCCCCUGUGCAGCGCAUGGAUAGUAUCAAGAUGUGUUCCCGCAAUCUAGCAAUUUCGUUGGCAUUGAUUAUCGCACUGGUACCACUGUCAACUGUCGCCUUACCUCACCACAGCAUCGUGAAGCGCAGCUCUUUUUUUGACAUAGAAUGUAAAGGACAGUUCAACAAACAGAUCUUCUACCGGUUGGAUCGAAUAUGCGAAGACUGCUACUCGCUGUUCCGGGAGCCCCAGAUUCUGUCCUUCUGCAAGGAGGGCUGCUUCGGAACGGACUACUUCUUGGCCUGCGUAGAAGCACUGUUUCUCGAGGAGGAGAAGGAAAAGUUCAUGAAAUGGCGCGAAAUGCUGGGCAAGAAGAAGUAAGCGAAGCGUUUCGAAUGGAUCGACACCGAUAGAAGAAGAAAAAAAAAACAACAACAACAAACGCAGUCGUUGCAGUGUGACACUUUUUGCUUCUUGUUUUGUGAGCAACCAUACACCCACUAUCUCCUACAUGGGACCGGAUGGAUGCUCUCACCGUACAGUAUGUGCUAGCGGGGUUUUCCCACCCCCGAAACAAUGAGUGCAGAAUGGAACUAAACCAUCUAUAAACAUAGUGUACACGACCGUGAACGCUUGGAUCCUCUUUGGUGCAGUGCUGGGAAACGUUAUUUAUGCUUAAGUACUUUUUGCGCUUGUAAAAUAUUAUUACUAUCCCAAUUACUAUUAUCACAGAGCACACAAAACAUGACUCAACAUACAUCUUUGCCAUUAAGUUAAAUGUUAAACAAACUCAACAAAACAAAACGCAAAAGCAAAACAAACAAACAAACGGCUUCUGUUUGCUUCCCUGAGCCUGUGUUGAAAACAAACUGGAGGGGAGGAGGGAUAGCGCUAUUGUUGGAAAUUACAUCUGUACAUAAUUAUUUCACAUAAAGAGAAUCAAGAGUACAUGUGCUAGUUAAAAUUAAAAGCUAAGGGCAAAGCAGGAACAGAAAAGAUGCUGUGUAUGGUUGGCCACUACAGUAUAGGGAGCGAGUAUGUUAGAGCGAGGGAUGAAGUGUUGGCUAAAAAGGGUAAGGACUGUGUAGAAAGCGUAGCAUUGCUAGGCGGUUUGGCGGACGGUAUAUAGGAAUAUGUAUGAUUGCGACAAAAAAGAGGUAUUUAUUUUAAUCCUUAAUGCGAGGAAUAAGAAACGGUAAUAUAAUUUUAUUUUCAGCCUAUGACAUACAACGAAACACUGUAAAACGAAUCAAUUAAACCUCCUUAAUUAUGUAAGCGGCGAAAGUGAGCAGAUUAACUUAUUUAGUUAUCAGUGCUUUGCUAAGACAUUUGAAAACAAACAAAAACAACAACAAAAAACACAAAGAGCGUGGAGAAAAGCGGUAGAGCAAAGGAUGAAAACAAGGAGAGAGAAAAACAUUGCUGUGAGAGGAAUAAUUACUAGUGAAGGCGUAGCAGCGCACAAGCAAGUACGGAACCUAGGACACAGAUCAACGAAACUAAAUCGCACAAAGAGGGGGGAAAAAUAUCAUUUAGAAGAAAACAAAAGCAAGGAUCAUUUAGAGCGAAUUAGGAAGAAUUGUAAAGCGAAAGGCGAACCGGCGACGAGCUGGGUGAGGAAGCGAGUGCGAGCUGAUAAUGUUGUGUAUGGUGCUAAGCUGUGUCAAGUGGGGAAGGUAAUGGUCGUCGCCUAGAUGAUAGCCGUUGGCCAUUGCCAUUCCCCAAAUCCUGCACACACGUUUGCUACAGAGGACUGGUGAUGGUUUGGCAUGUAGAACAGACACACAGACACAUUUACACAUUGAAAAUCGGUACGAAGCAAAUCCUGCAGGAGGGAAAGUUUGUUGCCUAUUUUGAUUGAUUCUGUGCUUUUGAUUGAUGUUUCGCUUUGCUCUUCUUUACUUUUGCGUUCAAGAAGAUCCAACAAGGUGUAACAUCUCUGUAUCUUUCUCUUUUGUUCGAAGUUUUGAAGUAAAGCUCCAUUAAUGGAAAGUCAAGAUCGACUUACCACCCUCCCUCGUCAACCAGGGAGUGUGAUGAUCCUCUCCCCAUCUCAACCGCUUGUGUAAAAUGUGUAUUUAUGUUUUCAGCGAGGAACAGAGAGAAGCGAGAAUUAUGUAUGUUCUAUAUAUUUGAAAUCUAGUCCAGAAAGCACACACACUAACUUUUAGUUUUUAUUCUAAUGCUAUAUUAUUGUAAUAGCGUGUGUGUUUGUGUGUGUGGGCACGUGUUGACACGGUAAAGAUGCUAAUCACACAUAGAGUUAAAACACACGACAAUGGAUUAACACUGAACUGAACAGAA